ACAUUUUGUUAGCUUUCAGUCAGGGUUCAAUUCUUAGAAUGUGGAUAUUUGCCUCUCACAAUGGGAUAUUACAUCAUGGUUUAGUUUGUUUUUCUCUUUAACAGGCUACCAGUGAAGAUACGAUAUAGACCAUGUAAACCAUAGCCAGUACCUUUGAAAGACUUUCUAUACAAACAUUAUUUCAUGGAAGUAUUUAAAAUCUUUAGGAUUUAUUUGGAAUGGAAUCAAUACCGAACUAACUUUGAUUGAUUUGCAGUUGAGCACUUUAUUUAUUUAUUUAUUUACUUAUUUUUGCCUUGUCAUCAUUUUUUGUCUAAAGCACUUUUACCAAAGUUCCUCCCAAGACAGUUCUAGAAAACUUCAGUCUGUUUCACAGUUUAUGCUUCAAGGUUUCAUUGGACACUGCUUAAUUGGGUUUUGGCCUGAAGGGCUUGUGGCAUAAUGACCUGUUACCUGAGUACCUCAGCCCGCUUCACCUGGUUUUGCCAGACUCUUAUAUAGCCAAAUAAUAUUGGUAAUGAUGUGCCCAGCCUGCUUAGAUUAAUACUUACAUACUUUAUAUGGUAAAACAUAAGAAUAUAACAGCUUUCUGGUUUUAAUGAACCCUUUUACACCCAGUUUCCUUUCGACACGAAUAAUGUAAUGUAAACCUCACAAAUAUAAUCUUUCCGUCUUUUUUUUAAAACUUACAGCAAAACUAUGGCAAAACCGGAUUCCCAAUGGCUUCCUGAUGGCCUUUAACAAGGAAUCGGUGGAUUUUCUCUGAAUUCUUUUGCAUUUAAAUUGAUAAUUUCAUGGCCAUUACAAUGGAUGCUAAGUCUGAGGGCUUUCCUAGUAAUGAUUCAGUUUCAGUUCAUUUACUUUAUAUAAAUGUACAGUGCUGUUUAGGUGCUAGUACAGUAGGUAAAUAUACUUCCUUUGUAGCUGUGACCUCAGUUAAUGCAAUUAACCUCAUGUUUAAUUGCUGUUAAUUAAUGUUGUUUAAGGGAACCAUAUAUCCUUGAACUAACCAACAAGACACAUGAUUGUUUAUAUGUAUUGUAAAAGCAUAAACCAUAGUGAUUUGAAGAGACGUGAUUUAACUAGUGCACAUUCAAGGAAAUACCCGUGUAAUUAUAAAUUGCUUUGUGAUGAUAGUGUUGUAUUAACCGUGUAAUUUUUCCUUGUCUUUUCAACCGAAUAAUUCAGAGUAUUUAGGAAGGAAGACGUAGACUAAUGCCGUAAAUACCUUUAUUCAUUCGCUCUUGGGGUCAUGUGUAAUAUUCAGUGUGUUUGUGAGACCGAAUGCUAUAAGUAAAACAGCUAUCAGGAAGUUCCUCAUAAUUAGGGAAUGAGAAAGUGCUGUACUCACACUAUACCAUUGUUGUACACGUUCACAUAAUCUAUAAUAGAGUUUGUAGUCCAGUGCCCAGGAACUAGCUUAUCUUAUAUCUGUAUAAACAUUAACAAAUUGAGAAACACCAAUAAGCAGCUGUUUAAAAGUAAAACGUUUAACACAUUAAGGAAAAGGUGUAAUGCAAAGGUUAGAAAAAACCAUAGUGCUUUGUCAUCUGUCAUCAUUGGAGCUGUACAAAUGGUGUGGUGAAUCAUAUUGUCACAAAGCUGUUAUUCAUCGUAGAAUUACAGCUGUCUGAAGAAGAAAGAAAUUUAACAGCAUGUUUACUCAGCAACUGAAAACUCAGUAUAUCCUCAUAAGACUGAUUUAAUUUAGACUGUAAACAGGAAGCAAGGCUAGGACAGUUCCCCAAACUCACCGCUGGAGGUAACACAACACUAAACCAGACUUUCUUUUAUUGUGUUUUGCCUCAACAUAUGAUGACAAAACUGAGGUGCAAUUGGCUUAUUAUGUUGCUUCUGAUAACAGGAUAUACUUAUCCUUUGUCAUUCAACUCACCCUCAGAUUUAUUUUUUGGAUAUGUCUUUUUUGCUAAUUACAUCUCUUUGAAAACCCUUUUCUAUCGGAAACUGGAUACUCAAUGGCGACGCAAUGGCAACAACAAACCAAUUUUAUUCCAAUUUUUGGAUUUAAAUGAAUCAUGUUCGUGUCUGACUGCUUCAAUACUAAUGAUUCAAUUAGUUUCUGACAGCACCAUAUGCAGAUCUAUUGCUUUAAUGAACUCACACCACAUGAAACUAUGUCACUAUCCAGGCAUCCUGUUUGUCAGUUUAUUUUUAUUUACAAUUUUGUCUUUUAUGCUCAUUUAUUCAGCGAUACAUUCAUCCUCAAAUCCAUAUGCUGGUAUGGUUAUGUAUGGCUGAAUAUUCUCCCAGGUCAAACUGAUAUAUUCUUUUUCUGUGCAAAAGUCUUGUCUUUGUCUUUGACCUUUCUUCGACCUCUUGCUAUGAGUCACAUGGUUGUCCACAUGACUGCACAGUUAAUAACUGCUAAAAGGCAUUUAUUCAGCUCACGCUGAAUUUCUGAACACAGGUGGGCUGAGGAACUCGAGGCUCUGAAAGGCACUAACACUAUCACAUGUACUGUACUCUUACUCCGAUAUUGUGUAGGAUGUAGCCUGGUUCACAGAUUUGGGGGAACAGUGUACGAGAUGGAAGGGUUUAUUUAUUUUUUUUGGACAGUUGAAGAUUGGGAAAACAUUGCUUAAUUCAUUGGCUAAAUCUUUGUGCCUACUGUAGCAUCAAAUUUCCUUAUGGUGACUGAGAAUAGUGGAACCUGAUGUGGCCUGCUAAUGUUGAAACCCAUCCUACUUAAGAUUCAAAGCAAAUGUGCAUUCUGAGAUGUUUUUCUGUUCACCAGACUGGUAAAGAGUGGUUCUUUGAGUUAACAUAACAUUUCUGCCAGGCAUCUUUUGUGUAGACACUUUUUGGAAGAUUAACACUUUUGUAACUAGUCUGUCUGGAACCAACAACCAUACCAUAGUUAAAGUGACUGAGACCAUAUUUUCCCAAUUUCCCCAAAGAGGUUUAAAUAUUAGCUGGAGAUAUUGAACUGUAUCAGCAUCAGUGUAUGCUUUGUGUGGCUUUCAAGUAAUUGGAAAAAUCAACAGGUCUAUUGGGUGUAAUUAAUAAAGUGGCUGAUAAAUUUGUAGUUCAAAUACUACAAAUUUAUACUGAAAGAAGUAAUACUGAAAGAAGAUCGAGAGAUACUUUGCUGUCUCAUAUUCUCUUUCAAUGCGUGAAUUGGUUCCAAAAGAUGUGUUAAUGGACAGAGGGAAAUCAAAAAUUACUUGCUGCUGAGUGUGGCUCUUUAUAACUGAUGGUUCAGUAAACAGCUAGUGUUUAUAGAUAGUCUAUUUUUUUCUAAUUUUUAAUGGUGCCAGCAAUUGCUAUGCAAUUAUUUAUUAGUUUUAACCAUUUGUUAUUAAAAUAAGAACACUUCCAUAUUAGUUUUAAGAUACUGAAUAUCUUAGUAGUCAUUAAUAUAUAAAAAGAGGUUGUUUUUUUUUAGUCUGACUGAUGUUUUACUCUAAAAUGCUAUCAGGGUUUAAGAAAUAAUCAAUAAAACUUUUACAACCAGACACUUUAUAUACUAUUGUGUGUACAUUUUAAAACAAUUACUUUAUUUAAAUUGAUCUAAUCAUUCUAGUCCAUUUUCAUUGUCUUCUAAUGGUUUUUGUUUUCACCUCAAAAUUAAGUGUACUUGGGAAGUUAGUUGGGGAAGUUAAUUAGGGAAGAAGAAGCUCUUGGACUUUUGAUAAGAAAAGUUGUGAGAUCAAAUCCCAUCACCACCAAGCUGCCACUCCUGGGCCCUUUAGCAAGGCCCUCAACUGCUCAGUCAGAUGAGGUUUGGAUUAAGGGCAUCUGCCAAAUGCCAUUACUUUAAAUACUUCAAAUGACAGCAUUGCACAUUGCACAGCAUCAUGUUUGGCCUUUACCUUACAUUACACCUGUGAUGUUAAAAGAUUGAACUAUAAGUACAGUUGAUGACCAAUCAAUCCAAAAAGAGAAGAGCAUAUGUUUGUCAUGUUGUUCGAAGCCUGGAGAGGUGAAACAUAGCCUAUUAACAGAUUAAUGUGCUUUCUAACGAAGUUAUAAACAAACCAAGGUUUUCAAAUUUAUAGCAAGACUGACCCAGAUAAGAGCCCUAUUCUAGAUGGUAAGAAUGGUGUUUGGGGGGGAUGGUUGGUCACUGAUGGUGUGUGGCCAAUUGUUGGCUCCAUGCAACAUCUAUGCGAGUGGAAAGGAUUUUAAACGUGCCAUGUUGUUGUUCUCCGCCAGAAAUCAGAAUGCAAAAGAACUCAAAGGCUGCCAGCGAUGAGCUAGCAAGGUCUUGGUAAGACGUGAUUUUUCUGAAGUUUUGAGCAUCCAAAUGAAAGUGUUGGCGCACAGAGCGAGUUGAACGGAUAAGAAAUGUGGCGGUGGGGUUGUGCCAUGGACCCGUGAGAUCUGUGUGUGAUGGGGUUGGCUUGGCAGGCGGGAGGCGAAGCUGCCUGGCUCAGCGUGGCCACUGGUCAGGAACAGAACGAAAGAGAGAGAGCGAGCGAGAGAUGGACUGGCUGUGGUCCACUGGCGCCACAGACCCCUGAGCUGGGGAGAAUGCGGGGGCUGCGCUCCUGCCUUUGAAGCUUUACCUCCCACUAAUUCUGGCCUUCCAAUUUCCACACACUGCGUAGACACCCCCCCCAUCCACCCGCUUAGCCCUCCCUCCCCUUCUCUUUUGUUUCCCUUAUAAGGCCAGGCCUGGCCAUUUCCUCAGCGGGAUUGUACAUGUAUGCGUGUCCGUGGUCAUUGUUUAUGGCAGUAAAACUGAUGAAAAACAAUAACAACUCUUUUUUUAAUGAAAAUGUUUGCGAUCAAACAAUUCGCAUUUAAAUUCGCAAACAAUUCGCAAAAGAUGUCUCCAGUGUCAUUCACUUCACAGGUGUUGCUAAUGUCUGCAGAUAACUUGUUGCACAGAUUUGUGUAUGUUUUAUAUUAUAACUCUUAGCUCAGCUGUUAAGUAUUUUAGCCAGCAAUGUGACUGACCGAUCCACUGCCUGAUAGACCUCAUUAGAGGUGCAGAUUCUAACACGACGGAGGAAUGUGACAAGCAAGACGUGACGUUUCACUCUGGAGAAGUCAUGAAACUGAGUCCUAUUUACCAGUUGCCAGUAAGAAGAUGACGGCUGAGGUCUAAAGCUGGUUGUAAAGUGGUGCCAGGGCCUGGCUGCCAUUGGCUGGCCAUUUUGUCGAAGAAGAGGCUUCUCCCUCAUCUGGGUAUCUAGUGGACUGAGUGUACUAUCUGGCUCCACCUUUGCUAAUCUUCUGUCCCCUCCCCAACCCUACCCCUACCCACCCACAAACACACAUACACUCACACCCUGGGGCUGGACCAUGUCUGGCGGACGGCCGGAGGGCAGCCGGACACCCGAGGCCCAGGACAAGGACAAAGAUAAGGACAAGGAACGGGAGCAGAACAGCUGCAGAGAGAACAGCCCUGUCAUUGAGCGCCGCAAUCGCAGCGGCAUCAUUAGCGAGCCGCUCAGCAAAAGUCUGAAACGGUCUCGCACUCUUUCCCAGUACACCGCCGCUUGCCCACAAAACACCAACGGACUGAGUCAUAAUGGCCAGGCCAAACCCAAGGUCCAGCCUGGCCAGCAAAAUCAGCAGCAACAGCAACAGCAGCAGCAUCCAUCGUCCACGGCUUCAGCUCUGGUCCCUGCCAAAGCGGACCGGAGCCUGGAACAGGCACUUGAAGGACACAACGGCCUACUACACUUUGCCCAGGCAGCAGCGUUGCUUAAGCGUGCAGGCAUGGAGCACAUGCUGCUCCCUGGAGGCAUGGGUGCAGGGGCGGGAGUGGGUGGAGUGGGCAAUGAAGCAGGCUCAGGUGACCUGGAGGGUGCAUCAGCAGGCGACACUGUGGGGAGCCUUACGGACUUCCCGUACGGCAUAAGUGGCGGCUUUCCUUUCAACCCGGCCGGGCUUUUCAUCAUGACGCCGGCCGGUGUGUUCCUUGCUGACAGUGCCCUGCACAUGGCUAGCCUGGCUGAGUAUCCAGCACAUAGUGAGCUGGCCUCGGCCAUAAAUGCCGGCAAAAAGAAGCGUAAACGCUGCGGCAUGUGUGCGCCCUGUCGGCGCAGGAUCAACUGUGAGCAAUGCAGCAGCUGCCGCAACCGCAAGACGGGUCACCAGAUCUGCAAAUUUCGCAAGUGUGAGGAGCUAAAGAAGAAACCAUCUGCUGCACUGGAGAAGGUGAUGCUGCCGACAGGCGCGGCGUUCCGGUGGUUCCAGUAGGGCUGCGAACUCUGACCUUCACCCAAAGCUCUGCCAUCAAGUGCAAUGCUAACUCUUGCUUGGACCGAUUCCAACACCAACACUGGCUAACAAGCAUACAAACUACAUCAAAAAAAGAGGAAACAACCACCAGAAACUUAAUAUAAACACACAAACACGAACACGAACACACACACACACACACACACACACACACACACACACACACACACACACACACACACACACACACAGUACAAGAAAGCAGAAACACUAAAAACGUAAUCAAUCGAAUAAUGGAUGCACCUACUUAUUCCUUGAACCAAAAAUUAAACAUAAUGAAAAAAAAAAUUAUGGCAACUUUCAUUCCCUUUUCUAUGUUUCCAUUUUGGUACCUUUUUGUCCUUUUUCCAGCAGGUUUUUUCUCUCGCUUAAAACAUUGGAACAGUUCAUUGCCAAACAGAAAUGACAGACUUGAGUGUGGACAAUCAACAAAAAUUUCUGUGUUUGGUGUUAAUGUCGUUCACGUGUGGAAAGAUACAGUACUUGUGUAGAGAAUGUAAAUUUUACAGCUAUAUUUUAAAACUAGUGGCUCAUGGCAAGCACUAUUGUAAUUUUAGCACCGUUGUUCUUACUUCAACCUCUGUAUUUUAUUGAUUUUUUUUUAAGUUGAUUUGAAAUUUAUUGUUUGGAAAAACUGAUCAAUGUUUGUCAUUUAUGAAAAAAAAAAGAAAGAAACUAUUUCAAGAUGUAAAAAUAUCCCAUUUUUCUAAAUGGAAAGAAAGAACAAAUAUAUGUUGAGACCCCACAGUAGUGUAUAGUCAGGAUAGAUGACUGUUGUACAUGUGGGGUUGCUACUAAUGGAAGCUCCUUGACCGCCAAACCAUCCAUCUGUCCUAACAUUGAAGUCUGCACUGUUUUGCUGUACGACCGUGGCCAUACUUUUUGUUACAACGUCGCCAGUGUGCAGGUGUGAAUUCAUCCUCCUAAGCACUUGGAGACAGCACUUCUUUCUCUGCCCAAUUAAACGCACUGAAAAUUAUUUUUAUUUUUUUUUUUUUUGUUUUGUUUUGUUUCUUGGUUACUUUUUUUCAUGACAUUGCCAGUAGCUACAUCUUUUAAAAUGAACAGCGAUGUUUGUAAUGGAAUUAGAAGUAUGGGCUGUUUUUUUUGUGAAUAAAAACAAAUGCAUGUAUUUGUGUCAAGAAUUUACAGCUCUGUCUACUUGCAUGGGUUUUUUUUUUUUUUUUUUUUUUUUUGUUUUUUUAAAGAAACAAUCACAAAUGCUUAAAAAAAAUACCCCAAGAGUAUGGAAAUGUUUACAAAUCUUAUAGGUUGUUCAGUUUUCAAAAAGGUAUAAAAAAAAAUUAUAAUAAAAAAACGAUUCGACAAGAACUGUCAUUUUGAAAUGCAA